AUGCUGGAGUCGGUGGUCGAGCGACUGCUGAGUCGCUACCUUGCACCCUACGUGCUGGGCAUCAGCAAGGAUAAGUUGUCUGUUGCUGUUUGGAGUGGCAAUGUUGAACUCACGGAGCUGCACGUCAAGCCCGAGGUUUCGGAUCUCUUGGGAAUGCCUUUUAAGGUCUUGUGGGGGCGCAUAGGCAAAAUCACGCUCAACAUUCCCUGGUCGAGCCUGGGUUCGUCUCCUGUAUGUGUGGAUAUCCAAGACGUGUACUUGCUACUGGAGCCACGGCCGAUUCCGCAGCAAAGCGACACGGAGCUGCAACAGCAACUGCGUCAGGUGAAGCUGCAGAAGAUCGAUGCUUGCGAGCUGCAGAUCCAGGAGGUGCGACAGCAGAUGCAGCAGCAGUUGCAGCAGCAAGCAGGCAAAGAUGCGGACGGAGGGUUCUUCUUCCGGCUAGCCAACAAGAUACUCAGCACUCUGCAAGUCAACGUACAGGGAAUUCAUGUGGCUCUCAUUGACGGCGAACGAGGGUUCAAGGCUGGGGUUCUGCUGGAACGCAUGUCAUUGCACAACACAGACGAGAGCUGGCGACGGCGGGAAGGCUUCUCCUCUUAUCAGCAGCAGCAGAAUUUCUACAAGGCGUGCGAACUGAACGGCCUCGCCGCCUACUGUAAGCUGGACGCUAAACAGGAAGCCUUUGCACGCCGCUGGGAAACGGCAGACGCUUCUCUACGGGAAGAAUCAGAAGUUGAAGCAGAGCUGUAUUUCGAAGAUCCCUCGUCUGAUCAGGAAAAGGACGGCGUCCCCCCGCCCCCCCCCACAGAGCCUCACAGUAAAUCGAGAGAGCAGCAAGUCAGUCUAAGCGAAAUGGAGCUAGCCGUCAGCACGGAGCUUCAUGACGAGGAUCUCUUGGAGCCUUCGAAGACGCCUCCACCGCCGGCUAAACAGCGGCUUAAGGCGGGUGCCACAGGCACCUCUCCAGGUGCCCCUGGGCAUUUGUUCGAACGCAGCAGCGCUGCGUCUUCGGGAAGGUGGUCUAGGCCUGAGAGGCAUGCGCACACCUCUUCAGAAGCGACGCAAGCAGGAUUCAAGAAGCCUGCAAGAGGGGCAUGCACGUGGGGAAGGGGCCGCUGCAGAUACAUCUUGAAGCCUCUGCACGUGCGACUGACGCUGGCGCAUGCCUCUGCCGAGCAAACGUUCUCCGCGAGGCUAGAGGUGCUGCGGGAAAGCCACGGGAUCGCCAUUGGCAAGGCUCAAUUGUCAGCAUUCCUACAGCUGAUGCACGAAGCGGAGGCACGAAGAAAGCGCUGCGAACGAGUGCUGCUGAGGGAGGCCUGCACGGUGUGCCUCGUUCCCGAGGCUUUGGAAGGCGGAGGUCAAACGCAGGGGGAGUUUGUAGCCCUCUACGGGAGGCAGCUGCAGACUGAGGCGGGUAUUAUUGGUGUGGAGCCUCUCACCGAUGAGGAGGAGAAGCGCCUUCGCGUGUUGUAUGAUGUUGUGGGGGUUCGGCAUCUGGCAAAGUGGCGAAGCAUUUGCAAAGAAGCCGCGAAUCGGGUGCUUCAGGAGACGGAGAAGGUGCAGCAGCAGAGAAAUCCAAAGGCGCAAUCGAGGAGCUGGUGGCAGUGGGCAACUGGACGCGGUCAGCAGCAGCAGCAGGAGGAGGAGGAGGAAGUGCAGCAGGAAGGCGAUGAGAAGCCGCUUCUGACGCAGGAGGAUAUACAGCUCAUCGUAGACACUAAGGAUGAGACUUUGCAAGGCAUUGGUCUUCCUUCAAGGUUUACCCUGAGUUUUGACUUAGCGCAGUUCCGUGCAUGUCUAGAGGAGGACGAGGAGGGAGGUGUGUGUGAGAAGGAGGAAGAAGAGGCGGAAGAAGCGGACGAGAAAUGGGCUUAUGAGGCUCGCAGAGCGCCUCCUCUUGACCUUCCAAAGGAGUUUCCUUUGCCACCCCGCGAAGACAGGAAAGCCUUGUUCUUGAGAGGGGGGGGGGGUUACACGCUGGAGGGAUCGUUGGGGAAGGAAGGGGUCGCAGCAGACGUUGGAGAGGAGCGAGAAAGAGACGCAGCGGCUUUUCUGUCCCUGUCUGUCAGAGGUAUGCAUGCGUCUUUGGAGUACUGCACGCGUCAGGAUUAUGCGGGGGAAGACAAUGCGGAGUGGGCGUUUUCUUUCUCGCUUUCAGAUUUUUCUGUCAAGCAGAAGGACCACAUCCUCAUGCAGUUUCGGAGCGAGGCUGAGGACGGGAGCAGCAGCAGCACUGACGGGGGCGGAGGCAAUUAUGGGAGAACACGAGUCGGCUUGUUUGGAGAAAGCGGGAAAGUGAUACGCUUGCCAUCUGCGAUCUUGCGCCUCGCGCCAACGUCUCUGUCGGCAGCUCAGUUCUUGCUUAAACACCAGCUGACUCCCAAGGGGAACAUCCUUCUGGUUUGCAUCCGUCUGGCUCCCAUAGUGGCGACUGUGCGGCCAGAUAUCCUUAAGACGCUGUGUGCCUUCUUUGUUUUCGAGACACCUGCCGAUGUGCUGCGGCUGCAGAGUGUUGGUGCGUCUUCUUCGUCCUUUCGCGAGCUCCCCGAGGAGGCCAAAAAGGCGACGACGGAAGACACAGACGCGCUGCUGCAGGGGGGGGAGAAGCUUUCCUCAGUGCACCAAGUGGAGAAGGCACUUGAUGCGAUGCAUGCGCGCGAGUUUGUUGAAGGGCUGCGGGAGAAGGGAGAGACCGUGUAUGCUGCGGCUGUGCAUCGGUUGCCUGCGUUGUUGCAACUCGAGCUGAGCAUUUCGGCACCGAUUUUUCUCUUUGAUUCGCUGGCAGCAGGCAGCGUGUCUGUACACCUGGGGACUCUCGCCCUUACGACGGAUGGCCCCUGUCCUUACGACUCUCUAAGCGGCUCGUUGGAGUUAAAUGAAACGCGAAUUCUUUGCGCUCCUAAGGGUGCAAAGGAAGUCUCUCUGCUUAGGCCUAUUCCGAUCAGAGUCAAAUUUCAGGCGGAAAAGAUGCAGCACUUUUCGCUGGACGUGAUCUUCCAAGAAAUCUUCCUUGAAGCAACCCCAGAGGCAGUCGCGCUGCUGCUAGCCGCCCCUGUAUCCAUCGCAAAGUCUGUCCUCAUGCAGCAAUCAGUCCCCUCGACUCCUGAGGAUGCUUUUGACUCGGGCCUAGUGGGCAAGGCAGCGGCGACGGUGGGAAUCUCCUCAGAAGAUCACACCUUGGCAUACGCAGCGGAGUCUGCGCUGCAGGCAGUCAAAGGCCUUCCUGCAUCUCUGCGUGACACUGCAGCCAGCGGCAGUGCUGACAGCAACAGCCUUGAGGAGGAAAAGGGGGGGGGGCUCACUUUCGAAUCCACGUGGCGUUUCGGUAGAUGCGGAUUCAUCGUACACUGCAGCAGCAACUCCGAAGCAAAGGGAGUUCUCCAAGCUCAACUGGAGGGCUUUGAACUCAUAGCCGGCGGAAACACAAAGGAAGGCACUUACUGCAUCAACGCAUCCCUGAGACAAGUCCUUGUAUCAGAUCCCUCCACGGAGUCUCUUCUCUUCCAGUCGUUACAUCGCCAGAUCGAGGACUCCCUAGAACGCUGCAGCACUGCCCUCUCGCAGGCAAGUGCUUCUGCUCCUUUGCAUCUAGAUUCGUUCGAGGAUGCUCUGGAGGAUUCUUUCGAAAUUUCCUCAGCACAGGAGGAAGCAGAGAGCUGCAGCCUGAGGAUGCGUGUGACGCACAAACAAGCAGGAGAUCCUCAGACGAGCGUCUCGCUGUUCUUGCUUCCCGGAGAGUUGCACUGGAGGCAGCACUCCUUGAGACGCAUCAUUGACACCGUUCAGGUGUACAGGGAGCAGCUAGGUCACCAGCUGGCGAUCGCCACGUCGACGUUUACCCGCCGUCCCUUCUUCUCGGAUGCCGCAUUUGCUGCAUUCCAAGAGGCGUUGCAUGCAAUGCAAAGCUCCCUGGUAAGGGAGGGCAGCACUGGCGUGGAGACGGAGGUGUCUCUCGAGUGUGGCGCGCAGUCGGGGAGGCCUACUGGCAGCGGCAAUCCUGCGGACGGAGGGGAUGGCAAGUGUCUCCUGAGUGACGGCACGAUAGGAGGCAUUCCCUGGAUGCGCAAGGGGCUUGACGUUGGUGGAGCAAUGCCGCCUCUUGCGGCUCAGUACGUCCAGGAGGCUACUUUGCAGCAGGAGGAAAAGCAGCAGGAAAGGUCUACUACUACUACUGCCGCGGCUUCCUCCGCGUGUUACAGCGACAGGAGCAAGGGGAGCAGCAAGGGCCUGCUGCCUGUCGCUGUUGCCUUAGAGCUGGCAGUUGAAGGUGCUUCUCUUGCCUUUUGGGAAGGUCGUGCCUUGCGGGGACGUGUCGGGGUGAGGGGUGUUGGAGCCUCAGUGGCGACUUACGGCAACGGAGAUGUGGAUGCCUCCCUGUCUAUUCAGGAUGCAGCCGUCAUCCUCAGUGGCCGUUGCGUAUUGGCACCGAGAGAGCAGCAGCAGCAGCAGCAGAGGGAAGGGCAAGAGCAAGAGCUAGAACAGCAGCGGCAUGAGCAGCCAGCGCUUGUAGCACUCAAGAUACGCCGCUAUGGAGGGGGGCAUCCCUUGACGGGAGCCACCCUGCCUUUUUCCAUGGCCAUCUCUGGGCGUGUCAAUCAGCUGUGCCUGGUGUAUAUCCAGCAGGAUAUUAGCGGCAUCUUGGACUAUUUGAGGGACGGGAUCUUUGAUCUAUUCGUGUCGCGGUCGUAUGCAGCCGUUAAGCAGGCAGCAACGGCCACGCCUUCCCUGCUUGCCCUUCACAUUGACUGCCCGCUCUUCAUAUUUCCAGAGAAUAAAGCGGCGAUUCCGGAGCUCGUUGAUCCGCGGCAAGAGACACCAGUUUGCAGUGCAAGCGACGAGGCGGCGUCUGUCGCGCUGGCUGCAUAUCCCGGGAGGAGGGUGGAUGUCGAGGGGCUUGGUCGGUAUUUUGUUUUCGCGGCAGGCAUCUUGAAAGUUCGUAAUGCAUAUGUACCGCUUUGCAGCGAGGCGUUUGACGACGCCUUCGAGGAAGGGCUGCUCCACCGUCGCGGGGUGACUCCCGCAGGCUCCGAUCCAGCGGCUCCCCAGAUGCGGGAAAAAAAUAGGAGGAAUCCCCUUCGAACGGCCUCCGCCGCCGCUUCCAUCACCGACGACGCAGAGUCGAAGCAUCUGUUGAGGCGUUCGUACCGCACCGCCGAAUCUGCGGAGGAAGAGAGCGGCAGUGGCAGUGGCUUGGCCCUCGAUUUGAGCCUCGAUUUUUCAGGGACCCAGCUACUUGCCCAAGACAACAAGGCUGGGGAGGGGGGGAGCACGGAGACUGUGAAGGAGAGAGAGGGGGAGAGACGUUCAGGCAGGACGGCUGUGUCUCCUCGCGGAAGAAGUGCAGGGUGUUUCGUUGAAGGCAGAGUCUUGGAGACAGCCGAAAUCGGCGUGCGGCUACAGGCAGCGACAGGACGCUUGGCCGUCGCAAUUGAGACCUCUCCGUGGCUGUUGCAGCUUUCUCGGGAGCAGCUGACUCUGCUGCUGGACGUGGUGAAUGAAAAUCUGGCUGGCAGUGGCUACAGAGUCGCCUCCGGGGAGCCCUCUGCUGCAGCGCCCUUGCCGUCUGUGCCGUCCCCCUCACCGCCUCUCCAGCACAUGACUGUGCGGCUAUUCAUCCCUCAGCUGCUGCUGCAAACUGCGUAUAGCGCCGACGCCCCCCUUGCGCGGCUCACUGUGCACCGCAUUGGCGUCUCCGCUUCCGUCUCCGACGCCCCGGGAACGACCCAAAUGCAACUGCACUUCACGGGAGAUGUCUUCGCCCUCGACGAUCUCAGAAAGCAUACACGCAACUUUUACCGCCGCCUCGCUCACUGCGUGCGAGGCGCUGCAGACCACAAGGGCUCACCUGCGGCAGGAGGCUCCACAGCGUCUAAAAGGCUUGUUUUGGGGGAUGUGGGGGAAAUCUCCGACUGCACCGACAGCACUUCUGGAGACAGCAGUGGUGACGAGGGGAUCCGCAGUCCAGCUUUGUCUAUGCGCCUCAAAUCCGGCAGAGAGAAGACAGCCCUCGACGUGGAGCUGACUGGUGUUACGCUGUAUGCGCUGGUAGUCGGAUUUACAGACAUUGGACAGUACGUCUCCUCCGCCUACGCAGCAAGCACCAUGAAAAAGUACCCAAAGCCGCAACCCCCCGUCCUCUCCGCGCAGCAGCAGCACAAGCAGCAGCAGCAGCAGCAGCAGCAGGAGCAGGAGGAAGAGGAGGGGCCCUCUGUGUGGGGGAGCAUGCUGCGCAGAACCUCCAAGGCGUGCAAGGAGGCUUCGAGCGAAGUGCAGGACAGGCCUGAGCAGCGGUUCACGAGCAGCAGCAGGAGCAGCAGCAGCAGCAGCAGCAGCAUCCUCCCGAAAAGCACUGCAAUCCAUCUCAAAAUUUCGAACGGGAGAUUUGUAGUGUACACUGACCUAGAGAGCCCCACAGCCCCCCUCCUUGUGUGGAGUGGAGAUUUCGAUGUGCGUCUUGUUUCCUCGGGAUCCGCCUUGACUUUGCAGAAGCUGCAGAUACAGCGCAGCAAGAUCUGUCGGCUCGAGGCAGCACCCUUCUCCGGCAUCGCGGGGGCUGCUGCUGCGAGUGAAGCGCAGCAGCGUUCGCAGGCGCAAGAGCAUGAUGAGUCUGCAGAAGAAUUCGCAGGAAAAGGCUCGGAAUUCCUGCUAGGGGGGGGGGAGACGCUUCAGGUUAGCAGGCUUGUUCCCUCCAUGUCGACGGAGGGGGCAGUGCUGCUGUGCGAGGACUUGUCUGUCAGCGGGAGUGGCUUGCGCAUAGCUCUGGCAACGGAAGCCGAGCUGCUGCAACGGCAAGCGGAAGGAGGGGCACAAGAAGAAGAGAGUCUAGAAGAAGAGGAUCCGUAUGAUGCCGAAGAGAAAUGUGCAGUCACAACAAGCCCUCGACACCCCCCCACUGCCCCUCGAACUAUCCAACGGCGAACUGCCGCAGAGAGGGCAGGCAAUGCCGCUGCAGCAGCAGGCACGCCUCUGGGGAGACGUUCGGUAGACGAUAUGAAGCUCAGUGGGAGUCUGAUUCGAGCAGCGGGAGAUAGUGCCGUGGACGGCCAGGAAGAACCCCUAAUUACCAAGGAACGGUUGCAGCUCUCCAUCCCACGGUUCUCUCUGCGUGUCAGCAGCAACGACAUUGCUUUGUUGCUGCAGGCUGCGCGAGGGAUUACUGCCGAUGGGCCUAGUGUCUGCUUACCCUUUCUGCCAACAGCUGGGCAUGUGGAGGCGGCGACUUCCGAAGGUCCUCGUUCACAUGCAGAGGCAUUUUCCACCCCGCGACAGCCGCUGGAAAGCGGCAGCGCUCGCGGGGAGGAGGCGUCUCCUCCCUCGGGAGAAGAGCAGCCCAACAGCUCCUCGGGUGUCUUGCGAGAUGUGCGAGUUUCUGUCGAGCUAGCUGGCAUCGACUUGCUGCUGCUAGAUGACCUAAGGGCAUCGGUGCUGCCUCUGGUGCAAGCGCGCCUUGCCAUUCGGCAGCUGACUGCCAGAAUCCUGCAUCGGCGGAUCACAGUGGCGCUGAAGGACUUACAGUGUGGAUGCGACUUUUUGAAUGUCAAGAGUGGCACGUGGGAGCCGUUCAUUGAGCAGCUUACAGCCACGGCUGUUUACAGGCGGGAUCUAGCUCUCGAGGAGAGGCUCCAGCAGCAGCAUGAGCACAGGAGCAAGAGCAGCAGCAGCAGCAGCCGCAGUGGUGGAGGCGCAGCAGCAGCAGCAGCAGCAGCAGGAAAUGACGAUCAAUGGUGCAAUACCCAAGCCGCAAGAGCCCUCCUCAUCAGCAGCUACACCCCAGUCCUGCUGAAUUUGACUCCCCAGCUCUGUCGACUCCUCUCCUGGUUUGUCCCCUAUUUGUUGCAGCACAUCCACCAAGGUCCUUCCAAGGAUGAGUCUCUCUCACGCUCAGCGUCGAACCUCAGCAACACGACGCCCCUUUCUGGUAGAGACGCUCAUAAUGACAUCCGCGAGAGACGCAUCAGCAGUCGUGGAGCUGAUCCAUGGAGCGAUCGUGCGCUGCCGCUGACUGCGGGCAUGUCGACUGACCAAGGCUACGCUGCCGAGCUAGCCGCGGCAGAGACAGACCUUCAGCAGCAACAAGCGAGUGUAGCCCCCUUCAGAUACAUCAAUCUCACCGGCGAAUUCUUGUAUGCCUUUACCCUCGUCUCACAGCAGCAGCAGCAGCAGCAACAGCAGCAGCAGCAGCCAUGUGAGGAAGACAAGGAGCAGCAGCGACCUCAGGAUGGUUCUUCGAGCACGAGCACGCUACACACAGAAACAACAGGCGGGGUGAUGGUGCUGCAGCAGGGAGGCUCAACGUCUCUGCCUUUGGAGGCGCUCAUGAAAGGACAGACGGCGGAGGAUUCGCGCAGCGCUCACACGCGACAGCAAGUCUUUCUCGCCUUCUGCCCGCCUGUUGCUGUACUGCAACAGGUACGAGAGGUGCUGCCUCAGGCAGUCCCCGCUGCAAUUCUCCGGAGUCUGCUGCUCACUGGAGAUCCCGCGCGCACCGUUAACGAUCUCUUGGCUUCGAAUAAUCCUCCUUGUUCAGAGCAAGAGCAGCAGCAGGAAGAGGCUUGCAUCGGUGCCUUCCCACGCGGCAUGCAGGCGGUGCUUGUUGACGCUAUGAAGAGCCGCUGUGUAUCGUUGCUGCAGCCUCUUCAGCAGCGGCAGCACCCGCAGCGGACUUCCUGGUACAGUAGCGGAGUUGGAGAGGCGAGGGAGCACGUCAGAGCAGCUCCUCAAAGUGGCAAGCCUCUGCAGAAGAUGCCUCCUACCCCUCUCCCCGCCACACGCACACUGGGGUCCCCUGUCAAGCAGCUGCACCAGCGCGGCUCCUCUGCAGCAUGCGAUACAGGCAGCCCGGAUAGCGGAGACGCCGCAGAGCCAGCCAUCUCGAAGCAUGGAGCGUUUGCGGAAUGUUUCGCGGAGACUUUCUUUUCUGAAGCUACGAGCGAGCUUGUAGGACAAGUGUUAAGUCCCCAUCCUUCGUACAAGCUGCUUCUGCUGACGUCUACGGUGCUCUUGCACAACCGCAGUGGAUUGCCUCUGGAGAUAUGUUUCUUGGAUGAAAAACAGAGGCCGCUGCUGCUGCCGGCAGCUGCAGCGGCAGCAGCCCCCAUUCGUGUACUUGCAGAGCACCCCGACACCACGUCAGAAGCGAAACAAGCCUUCAGCGAUCCCGUUUCACUAGACCCCCUGCUGACGAAGCCUCCGCAGUGGAUGCUGGAGAGAGACAGGCAGUGGGCGAGGCGGCGGGCUCUAGAACUCGCUCUGCAGCAGGAGUUGCUGCUGCAGCUGCAGCGCAGCAGCAGCGGCUGCAGCGGCAAUAUCCCUCUCCGCCACAAGGAGGGCUCUCCUGGUAUCCGGAGUUCCCUAGCGGACGCUGCACUGAGCCGCAAGCAGAGUGGCUUCACGGAUCGGCCUUCACCAGCGUUUCGCCAGCUACAGCUGCUGCAGCAGGUGCAGCAGACACGCCAGGAGGCAUACACCUUCUUGCUGCCGAACGAGCACUUCAUGUCUGUUCCCCAUAGUGCCCUGCUGGGACCGGGGUGGGCAUUUGUAUGCUUCCGUCCGGCUGCCUUUGCUGCGGCGCCACCCAAAGAAACGACGGGACAAAUGGAGGAUCCGCCGCAGCCACCAGAUAUGAGGCCUCUUUGCGGCUGGUCCUCUGUCUUGGAUACUCGACAGAGCAGUUACAAUCCACGUUGCAGUCAGUGCGCCUACUUACCGCCUGCCCACCGGCAUGAUGCCAGCAAAGCGCAUGCCCUCGACGCAUCCGAAAGUGCCGAAGAAGAAAUCAAGGAAGGAAAGAACUUAUUCUUUCGCUUGCUGUCAGAAGAGCACAAGACAGCUCUCCCCGCAGAGCGUCUCUUGCGAUCCCUUACCAUAUUCCCCGCCUUGACGCUGGUGAAUGCCACGCUGAUUGAAUUGGACGUGUACAUCUCCCUUUCUGGAAGCAGCUCCCCGCAGACGCAUCGCACGGCUUCGGGGCAGCCGCCUCCAGUGCCGCCUGCUGCAACAGUGCUGCAAAAGCUGCAGAUUCUGCAGCAAAGGCCGUUCCUGAGUGCAACGCUCACCAGGCAGUCUGUUUUCUAUGUAUACGAAGUGCCUUCUCACAAAGCCCUAGCCCUUUCCUUGAAAUUUUCAGUGCUCGAAGGAGCCUUAUGGUCACCAGCACUCAAGGAUUUCCUCUCCGUGGAGGAAGGCCUUGUCUCCCGUCUCUUAGUGCCUUCAAGGGCAUACGCACCAGUGGAGUUGGAGGUUCUGCGGGAUGCAGCGGAAGUCUUCCCAUAUGUUCCCUCGAUUUCUCCAAAAGAACUUGUCGCAGUCAUCUCAGCUCCCCGCCUCUUCGUCGAUCGCACAGGCCUCAAAAUCAAACCUAUUCAAGGCGGGCGAUACUUCCCAGACUUCGGAGGCUAUUCGCUUCUGGGGGAUUCUACGCUUUUCUGUGGGCUGCCUCCUCAUGAGGGACUUAUACUUUCAUCCGGCUCACUCAUCUUUCCCUUGUUUCCGUAUCGUGGCAGUUGUGCUGCUGGAAGGGUCGAGGCAACUCACGGGCAAAAAGAAGGUUUACUUAUGCAGUAA